AUGCCACCACGACGAAGAAAGAACGUGCCAGCUUCCAAUUUGAGCGUAAAUGCAAGUGGCUCGAGCAGAGUAGCUACAGCAGCAACACCCAUAAUGAGUACCACUACUCCUGGCGUAACAGCAACAGGAGAUAAAACUUCAGCAGCAACCCCUUUAGCUAAAAAACCACCAGUUCUCUCACAAUAUCAAUUAUUAGCACAAAAAAAGUCAAUAGCUCCUCCCCUAUAUCCAACAGACGUUACUAUUCAAAAAUGCAAACCAAUAAGUGGCUCUAUGCAUCACAUGAUCGAGCAAUUAAGAGCAUCAAGAUUGAGAAUUAGAAACUCUCCAUAUUAUAUUGAUUCACAAACACCUUCAGCAAUGGAUGAAAAGAAAGAUCCGUUAUUGAGUGCACUAGAAAAAUUAUUCCAACAGAAAGAUGAUUUUGGAGAAGAUAUUGACGAGGAUGAAAAUGCAGAUAAUUUGUUUGUUGAAGGUGAAGAAGAGGAAGAGGAAGAUGCUGAUGCUGACUACACUUAUGCACAUUUCGAUGAUGAUGAAGAUUAUUUGGAUGACGACGACUUUGGUGGUGACGGUGGAGACGAAGGGCCAACCAUGUAA